AUGCAGACCCAAAAGGCAAGUAAUGGAUCUCCAGAUGUUCCUAAGAAAGUGUCUCCUCGAGCUGCUCGGCCACUGAAGAUUACAGCGCUAGAGCUUGACUCUUCUUCAUCUCCUAUAAUCUCAGCUAACAACAGAACACCAAAGAACAAAACUCCAAAAGUUCUGGACCGUAGGUCUCCAAGAAGCCCUGUCUCCGAGAAGAAGAGGCCGAGUAGAAUCACAGAGCUUGAGACACUAGUCUCACAGCUUCAAGAAGAGCUAAAGAAGGCGAAAGAUCAAGUCACAGUGUCUGAGACAUCAAAGAAGCAAGCAGAGCAAGAAGCAGAAGAGUCAAGGAAACAGCUAGAAGAAGUUUCAUCUAAGCUCCAGGAGACUCCGAAUCAAGUUUUGGAAGUUUCAGCUUGUGAUUUGGAGUUUGGUGAUACUGCUGAUGAAAGGGCAGGAUUGGCUUUUGUUAUUCAAGAGAUCAGACAACUCAAGCUUCAGACUGAGAUGGUGGCUUCUUCUGAAGCUGUUCAUGUGAAACAAGCUGAGCUGCGUAACUCAGAGAUUCACCUUUUGAGAGGGAACUUAAUGGACACAGUUUUUCUCGUUGAGAAUUUUAGGAACCAGCUUAAGGACUGUGAGGUAUCAGAAGCUGAAACGGAGGCCUUAGCCACAGAAACUCUUAGGCAACUGGAGAAUGCUAAAAAGGCAGUUGAAGAACUGAAGUCAGAUGGCUUAAAAGCAGUUGAAAGUUAUAAGAAGAUGGCUGCAGAGCUUGAACAGUCAAAAUCAAGAAUGGUAUUGCUUGAAGCUCUUGUGACUAAACUCCAGUCCAGCCCGGAGGAUUUGGAAAACCAUGAGACUCUGCUUAAAGACUAUGAAGAAGUAUCUUCCUUAAGAUGUGAGGUAGAGAGACUGAGAGCGGCCUUAGAAGCUUCUGAGAAAAAAGAUCAAGAGGGGAAUGUAGAGGCUUCUUCUCGGUUAAGGAUACAAGCUGAACUCCAGUCUGAACUAAAGAUCGCUAAAUCCGAGAUAGAUGAGUUAAAGGCGAAGUUAAUGGACAAGGAAGCAGAGUUACAGUUUGUUUCUGAGGAGAAAGAUAACAUAUACCUGAAACUGGUGAAGAACAAGAAAAACACAGAUGUUGAAGCUGAGCUGAAGCAACUAAAGGAGGUGGUGGAGAACCUAAAGGCGGAUUUGAUGGAUAAAGAGACAGAACUCCAGAUAGUUUCAGACGAGAACGAGACACUGAAGUCAGAUAUCAACAAGAGGGAGACUGAUGUACAAGACGUGCUCUUGAAGCUAGGGAUUGCAAUGGAAGAAGCUGAUAAGAGUAGCAAGAGAGCGGUGAGAGUGACCGAGCAACUAGAUGCAACUCAAGCGUCGAACUCAGAAAUGGAGAUAGAACUCAGGAAGCUUAAAGUUCAGUCAAAUCAGUGGAGGAAAGCUGCUGAAGCUGCUACUGCCAUGCUCUCUGCUGGAAACAAUGGGAAGUUUGGUGAGAACUGUGAUAAAACGAACUCUCCUUACUCUGAGGAUGUUGAUGAUGAAGUGACAAAGAAGAAAAAUGGGAAUGUGCUCAAGAAGAUUGGUGUUUUGUGGAAGAAGCCUCAGAAAUAG